AUGGACCUAGCCAAGAAACGUACUAGCCAAGGGCCCACUCGAGCUUCCGAUUAUCUGCUGGUCUUAGUUAUAGACUGCAGUCUUUAUAUCUGGGGUGACAUAGGCGCGAAUAGCAUGGUAGAUGGGGAGACAAAUCAGACCAGCUUUGCUGCCUGUUUGGACGCUGUGAUGGUUUUCUUGAAUGCAUAUCUUAUGCUUAGUCAGAACCACUCGAUUGCGAUAGUUGCCAGCCACGCUGGUGGUAGUGCACUCGUGUACCCCGAGGAAGUGCCUG